AUGUCCACAGCUGGACGUUGUUGUCGCGUGUGUUGCGAUCGUUCCGAUGGCGCUCAUUUUGGUAUUGAUUCGUGUCGAGCUUGUGCAGCAUUUUUUCGUCGAUCAAUAGCUAUGAAAAAGAAAUAUAUUUGUCGUCAAGGAUCGAAUACUUGCGAUAUUAGCAAAUCUGUAAGAUGUAUAUGUCGAAAGUGCCGCCUCGAAAAAUGUCUCCUCGCUGGGAUGCUGCCUGAAAGUGUACAGAAUAAACGAGAUCACAUUGUUCCAAGAAUUCCCGACGAUGAAGAGAUUGAAUCUCAAAAAUAUUCCCAUCUUGUUACUGUAAGUCCAUCUGAUACCGAAAUUGUGCAACGUAGCACACAAUCGGCAUUUCAAAUUGUUCCUCAAGUUACUCAACCGUUACCGAUUUUGCGAGUCCCGGCUAUCGAAGGAUGUAGUUCGCCAACAUCAUCUCAAACAGAAAUUCCUCAUGUUCUCAUGAAAAUAACGCAGAACUAUCGCCAACUUUGUGCUGUACGAAAAAGUACGGAAUUAUCCAUGAAUGGUUCGACUCUUCGAAGAAUGUUUGAAGAUUCAACUAGACGAACGGAUCUUCUCAUGGGAAGCACACAAAAAACUUCGAACAUAUAUCGGGCGCAAAUGCCAGCUCUAGCUGACUUUGUAAAUACAAGUUUUGACGAAUUCGCCGCCCUCGCUCAGGAAGAAAAGUGGUGCGUAUUCCAAUCGUUUUUUGUGAUGAGUUUUGCAAUGGAUGUUAUGUAUCGAACAUAUCGUCUCGUACCUCCAGAACUUUAUCCAACAAUGAAUAUCGUCACUGAGACCACUUUCAUGGAUGCCAACGAUAUGAUCGCUUUCUUUUCCGAUGCGCCUGGUAGUAAGCUCAGUCGAGAAGAAUUGGCAAGAUUAAUGAAGGAAUGUCUGAAUGAUCAACUUCGAUUGAAAGUACUGAAACUCAUGAAAGCAUUACAAAUUACAGAGCAUGAGUAUUCUGCCCUCAUAGCUCUCGCACUCUGGUCAACUCAUAUCAAAGAUUCCACUGAUGCUGUUGAAAGAGUAGCAUGUGGAGCAAGAGCAAAAAUCUUUGAAGAACUCCAUCUUUUGUACAAAAUGAAUGGUACCGAUAACUAUUCAGUACGAUUUGGUGAACUAAUAAUGUUGAACGGUUUACUUCAGAUGGCCACCUGCAAAUUUCGUGAAGACAUUGAACUAUUCAAUUUAUUUGAUUUAUUUGAAGGAGAUUCAUUUUUAUAUGAUAUUGUGAAGCGCUGCAAACUAGCGAAGUAA